CUGAUCAGCCACACCGGCAGCUCCCUCAAACUCACCAAAAACCGCCUCUAAUCCCCCGGCGCGCUCCCUCCCGGUGCUGACGGACAUUUUGAGUCCAGCCCAGUCGGUCCCGGAGCUCCUGGACCUCUUACCGGGCUGAUACACCGACCGGAGGACAUGGAGCAGCGACGGCCAACCUGAGAGUCGACGGUCUGCGCGACGUCCCGAUUUCUGAGAGGAAAGUCCAGAUUUACCGGAUUAAAGCCGAUGCGGAGGGCGGACAGACGCGGGCCUGCAGGCUGUUCGGUUCACGACACGACGGAGCGACGGUAACCGGCGGAGACUCAGCGACUCACCGACACCCAGGCGGCUCAAAAUGUCGGGAAUGUUUUCCCGGAGCUAACGAGCUAGCUGCUGCUGCUAGCAGGCUGAGCUCAGUGCGACUCGGCAGGAAGCGGAGCCUCGGCGGCGGCUUACACUCGGACUGAGCGGCGGGCUGUGGUGGGUGUUUCAGCGGGAGCGGCAGGUCAUCGUCCUGGGUCACGAUGUCGGCUCAGGUCCGCCUGAAGCGGCUGGAGGAGCUGCUGCUGGAGCAGAAGGCGGCGGGCUGCCUGAGCAUGGAGACGCUGCUCGACCUGCUGCUCUGCUUCUACACAGAGUGCUCCAACUGCCCGCUGAAGAGGGAGAAGCACAUCUCAGAGUUCCUCGAGUGGGUGAAACCGUUCACCACGACAGUAAAGGACAUGCGGCUGCACAGAGACGACUUCGAGAUGCUGAAGGUGAUCGGACGAGGAGCUUUUGGAGAGGUUGCCGUGGUGAAGAUGAAACACACAGAGAGAGUUUACGCCAUGAAGAUCCUCAAUAAGUGGGAGAUGCUAAAGAGAGCUGAGACGGCAUGCUUCCGUGAAGAACGUGACGUCCUGGUGAAAGGAGACAGUCAGUGGAUCACAACGUUGCACUAUGCCUUCCAGGACGACAACUACCUGUACCUGGUGAUGGAUUACUACGUGGGCGGGGACCUGCUGACUCUGCUCAGUAAGUUUGAGGACCGCCUUCCUGAAGAUAUGGCCAAGUUCUACGUCGCUGAGAUGGUGCUGGCCAUCCACUCCAUCCACCAGCAGCACUACAUCCACAGAGACAUUAAACCAGACAAUGUCCUGCUGGAUGUCAAUGGUCACAUUCGCCUCGCAGAUUUUGGGUCCUGUCUCCGUAUGAUGGAAGAUGGCACGGUGCAGUCUUCAGUGGCAGUGGGUACUCCAGACUACAUCUCCCCAGAGAUCCUGCAGGCCAUGGAGGAUGGGAUGGGCCGCUACGGACCGGAGUGCGACUGGUGGUCUCUGGGAGUCUGUAUGUACGAGAUGCUGUACGGAGAAACACCGUUUUAUGCCGAGUCACUGGUGGAAACCUAUGGCAAGAUCAUGAACCAUGAGGACCGUUUCCAGUUCCCCUCCCAUGUGACUGAUGUGUCCGAAGAUGCCAAGGAUCUGAUCCAGCGCUUGCUUUGCUCGAGGGAACGUCGGCUCGGUUUGAACGGGAUCUCAGACUUCAAGAGCCACCCGUUCUUUAGUGGGAUCGACUGGGAAAACAUCCGGUCUGCAGAGGCCCCCUACAUCCCAGAUGUGUCAUCACCCACCGACACCUCCAACUUUGAUGUGGACGAUGAUGUCCUAAAGAACCCAGACAUCGGACCUCCAGUGUCUCACACUGGGUUCACUGGUCAGCACCUCCCCUUUGUCGGCUUCACCUUCACCACCGACAGCUGCUUCUCUGACUGCAACUCUGUCAGCCGAGCAGGGCUGGGAGUCCGGCAGGAGGUGGACGGAGAAGGAGGAGGUGAUGGAGGGCAGGACGUGGAGGCGUUCGAGAGGAGGAUCCGCCGACUGGAGCAGGAGAAACAAGAACUGAACCGCAAACUGCAGGAAUCAACUCAGGCUCUGCAGGCUCCGGCUCGAGGAGGAACUCUGACUCGAGACAAAGAGAUCAAGAAGCUAAACGAGGAGAUUGAGCGGCUCAAGAAGAAACUGGCAGACUCUGACAGGCUGGAGCAUCAGCUGGAGGAGGCGGUCACACUGAGACAGGACUACGAGAGCUCCGCCUCCAAACUGAAGACUCUGGAGAAGCAGGUGAAGACCCUGAGGCAGGAGAAGGAUGAUGUCCACAAGCAGCUGGCGGACUCUCUGGAGCGUCUGAGGAGUCAGACGAAGGAGCUGAAGGAGGCGCACUCUCAGAGGAAGCUGGCCCUGCAGGAGUUCUCUGAGCUGUCGGAGAGGAUGGCCGAACUCCGCUCCUCCAAGCAACGUCUGUCACGUCAGCUCCGAGACAAAGAGGAGGAGAUGGACACGCUCCUGCAGAAGAUGGAUGCCAUGAGGCAGGAGAUCCGCAAGACUGAGAAGACCCGCAAGGAGCUGGAGGCUCAGCUGGACGAGGCAAAGGCAGAGGCGUCGAAGGAGAGGAAGCUGAGGGAGCACAGCGAGGUUUACUCCAAACAGCUGGAGACGGAGCUGCAGAGCCUAAAGUCUCAGCAGGGCCGAGGAGCGGCAGCAGGAGGGGCAGAGUCUCAGCAGGAGCUGUCCCGUGUGAAGGCAGAACUUGAUAAAAAGGUCCUGUUCUACGAGGAGGAGCUGCUGAGGAGGGACUCAGCCCACUCCUCUGAGAUGAAGAACCUCCGCAAAGACCUGCAGGAGUCCGAGGGGGCGCAGCUCGCUGCCAACAAGGAGCUGCUGCAGCUCCGAGACAAGCUGGACAAGGCCAAGAAGGACAGGCAGACAGAGAUGGAUGAAUCUGUUGCUGCUCUGAAGGAGAAACAUGAAAGAGAGAAAAACCUGCUGACAGAAGAAAACCGCAAACUGACAGCAGAGACAGACAGGUUGUGCACGUUUGUGGACAACCUGACAGCUCAGAAUCGGCAGCUGGAGGACGACCUCCAGGAUCUGUCGUCUAAGAAGGAGAGCGUGGCUCACUGGGAGGCUCAGAUCGCAGAGAUCAUCCAGUGGGUCAGCGACGAGAAGGACGCUCGAGGCUACCUGCAGGCUCUGGCCACUAAGAUGACGGAGGAGCUGGAAACUCUGCGAAGCUCCAGCCUGGGAACCAGACCUCUGCCUGAGUCAGGAGUGGCCACGCCUCCUAAGAAGCCCUGGCCUCCUAUUGGUGGAGACAGGAGGGACCCCCUGUGGAAGGUGCGUCGCAGUCAGAAGGUAGACAUGUCUGCUCGUCUGGAGCUCCAGUCAGCUCUGGAUGCUGAGAUCAGAGCCAAACAGUUGGUUCAGGAGGAGCUGCGCAAAGUCAAGGCUGCCAACAUCAACCUGGAGAGUAAGCUGAAGGAGUCAGAGGAGAGGGGCAGGGACAUGGGAGAGCAGAUGGAGAAUCUGAAAAAGGAGAUGGAGGAGAGCCGUUCGCGUUCCGACAAAGGAUUUAAGCUUCCAGACUUCCAGGACCCCAUCUUUGAGUAUUUCAACACAUCUCCUCUUGCUCCGGACCUCACCUUCAGAACCACAGACAUAGACUCCACCCCCCUGAAAUCAGAGACCACGCCCCCCUCGCCCUCCACCACCUCAGAACACGAGGAAGUUAAAGCAGCGUCAGUCCCAGCUAGCCCAUCCCCCACCUACCAGAGUUCAGCGUUCACCACACCAAAGCCCAAAGCUCACCAGCUGAGCAUUAAGACGUUCUCCAGUCCAACUCAGUGCACACACUGCACUUCUCUGAUGGUGGGGCUCAUCCGGCAAGGAUACGCCUGUGAAGUGUGCUCCUUCAUCUGUCACGUUUCCUGUAAAGACCACGCCCCCCUGGUCUGCCCAAUCCCAGCAGAACAGGCCAAGAGGCCACAGGGCAUCGACGUCCAGAGAGGUAUCGGGACUGCUUACAAGGGCUACGUCAGGAUCCCAAAGCCCAGCGGGGUGAAGAAGGGCUGGCAGCGAGCAUUUGCUGUGGUGUCUGACUGUAAACUGUUCCUCUAUGACAUCCCAGAGGGAAAGUCCACCCAGCCGGGGGUGGUGGCCAGUCUGGUCCUCGACCUCAGAGACGAGGAUUUGUCAGUCAGCUCUGUCUUAGCGUCAGAUGUGAUCCAUGCCACCAGGAAGGACGUCCCCUGCAUCUUUAGGGUAACGUCGUCGCAGCUGAUCUCACAGCUGUCCUCUGUGUCUCUGCUGGUCUUGGCGGAGAGUGAAGUAGAGAAGAGGAAGUGGGUCAGAAUCCUGGAGGGUCUGCAGAGCAUCCUGACCAAGAACCUGCUGAAGAGCCAGCAGGUCCACGUUCUGCACGAGGCUUACGAUGCCUCACUACCCAUCAUCAAGACCACGCUGUCUGCCGCAGUGCUCGAUCGGGAGAGGAUCGCCCUGGGAACAGAAGAUGGGCUGUUUGUGGUCGAAGUCACUAGAGAUGUGAUUGUGCGAGCUGCCGACAGUAAGAAAGUUUAUCAAAUCGAUUUGAUCCCGAAGGAGAAGAUCAUUGCUCUCCUCUGCGGUCGUAACCGUCAUGUUCACCUUCACCCCUGGGGGGUGCUGGAGGGCGCCGAGUCCGCCUUCGAUAUUAAGCUGGCAGAAACCAAAGGCUGCCAGGCUCUGACCACAGGGGUGCUCCGACCUGGAGGCCCUGCGUGCCUACUGGCUGCUGUCAAACGUCAGGUUCAGUGCUAUGAAAUCACUCGGGCAAAGCCCCACCAUAAGAAGCUGUGGGAGGUGCAGGCUCCAGGUACGGUGCAAUGGUUGGGAAUGGUCAGGGAGCGGCUAUGUGUCGGUUACCCCUCUGGCUUCGCUCUGCUGGCUCUGCAGGGGGAGUCGUCCCCCAUCAGUCUGGUGAGCCCAGCCGACCCAUCGCUGGCCUUUCUGGCUCAGCAGCCGCUGGAUGCCCUGCAUGCCCUGGAGGUUGGCUCCAGUGAGCUGCUGCUCUGCUUCAGCCAGCUCGGCAUCUACGUGGACGGACAGGGCCGCCGGUCUCGGACCCAAGAGUUGAUGUGGCCCGCCACGCCGCUCGCAUGCAGCUCUAACUCAUCUCACCUGACGGUCUACAGUGAAUACGGGGUCGAUGUCUUUGAUAUUCACACUACAGAGUGGGUCCAAACCAUCUCCCUCCGCAAGAUCAGACCUCUGAAUGUUGAAGGGACAUUAAACCUGCUGAGCUCAGAACCUCCACGUCUGAUUUACUUCAGCAACACCUCAUCAGAGGGCGACCUCACCAUCCCAGAGACGUCGGACCACAGCAGGAAGCUGAUGGUUCGAACUCGCAGCAAGAGGAAGUUUCUCUUCAAAGUUCCUGAAGAGGAGCGACUUCAGCAGAGGAGGGAGAUGCUAAGGGAUCCAGAGCUGAGGUCCAAGAUGAUUUCUAAUCCGACAAACUUCAACCACGUGGCUCACAUGGGACCAGGAGACGGCAUGCAGGUCCUGAUGGACCUCCCUCUGAGUGUGCUGCCCUCCUCUCAGGACGACUCCAUUAAAGAUAAGCCCCGCCCACUGUCCAGUAUCUCCCGGCAACAGAGGAGCAAGACACACAUAACCCGCACAGCUUCAGAUUUUGGAGGAGGAGCUUCAUCCCGCAGCAUCUGUGAACCAGACCAAGACCUGGACCGAGAGCCGGACUCGGACUCCACUAAGCACUCGACCCCCUCCAACAGCUCCAAUCCCAGCAGCCCCCCGAGCCCCAACUCCCCCCACCGCAGCCAGUUAACUCUAGACGGCCUGGACUCUGAGCCCUGAACUCGCCUUUGCUCACCUGAAGUCCCACCCCCUCACACCUGAGGGUGCACGGGGCCCCUGAAUGAACCAAUCAGGCUGCAGACUGAGAGUUGAGCUUUUACUUUGAGGAUUUUAUUGUAGCGGGGUGAGUCUGAGCUUCCUGCUGCUUUUAUUUUGUUGGAUUUUACCUGCUGGGAAGCCCCGCCCCCCUUGGUUUUAACCCCCUCCCUGCUGACAGCUGCUGUGUGUGACCUUUGACCUUUAUUCUGAUUGGCUCUGUGGGACCAGUCACCUCCUGUUCUUCUUCUGUAUUAAAUAACUUCCAGUUGAGCGUUAGCGGGCUGCUAGCCGCUGAGCUAACUGUGGCUAACUCCUGAUAAAUGGGAGGUCUCACUCUGAUGAAAAAACACUGUAAGAAUUAAUUUUAAAGUUUUGUUAAAGUUGCACAUCAUCAUUGUUGUUGUUGUUGUAGGAGAAAAAUAAUCUUUGAUUUUGUGUCAGUGAUGAUCUUUCCUGUUGCCCCUCCCACCCCCGACCUGACCCCGCCCUCUGCUCAGGUGGAGACAGGCGACGUGGGGAGGGGUCACACCUGAACACUACUGCUUUGUUUCUUCCAGAAUCACCAGUUAAAGAAUCUUUGUAACGAUAAACUGUUAGCAGCCAAAAAAACACAAUAAAUGAACCUGAAGCGAA